AAUUACAAAUAUUUUGAAGCUCAGAUGGCUUUGGACACUCUAUGCAUGGCCACAUUGCUCUCUCUUCUGCUAAUCGCAAUACUUUUCCUCCUCAAUAACAUAAAACAAGUCAAAAAGCAAAACAACCGCCUCCCACCUGGCCCACCCAAGCUUCCAAUACUGGGCAAUUUACAUCAACUUGGAAAAUUACCUCACCAAUCUUUUUGGAAACUCUCCCAAAAAUAUGGCCCAGUCAUGCUCCUAAAACUCGGUCGUGUAUCCCUCGUUGUAAUCUCCUCUGCUGAAGCUGCAAAGGAUGUCUUAAAAAUUCAUGACCUUGACUGUUGCAGCAGGCCACCGUUAACCGGCUCUGGGAAGCUCUCAUACAGCUUUUUAGAUGUCGCUUUUGCACCGUAUGGUGAUUACUGGAGAGAAAUGAGGAAGAUGUGUGUGUUGGAGCUUUUCAGCUUGAAGCGGGUCCAGUCAUUUCGGUUUAUUAGGGAAGAAGAAGUGGCGUCGCUGAUGGACUCCAUUUCUCAGUCGUCAUCUACAGCCUCUCCUGUGGAGCUUUCAGAGAAGAUGUAUGCUCUAACUGGAAGUAUAGUAUUUAGGAUGGCUUUUGGAAAGAGAUUUCAGGGGAGUAAUUUCGAUGAUAAUGACUAUAGAUUUCAAGAGUUGAUUCGUGCAGCCAUGGCUGUGGCUGGAGGCUUCACUGCAGAAGAAUGCUUCCCUUAUGUAGGCUGGUUGAUUGAUCGAGUAAGGGGUUAUCAUUCAAUGAUCGAGAGAGUUUGCCAUGAAUUGGACGAUUUCUACCAGCAAAUAAUCAACGAUCAUCUUAAACCUGAGGGUGGAAGGACAAAACAAGAGCCAGAGGACAUCAUCGAUGUGAUGUUGAAAAUUGAGAGAGAUCAUCAAAUUCAAUCUGGCCGCCAAGCUCAGCUAACAAGAGAUGGUAUUAAAGCAGUCACCAUGAAUAUACUUUUGGGCGGGGUUGACACCAGUGCAAGUACCGUAGUGUGGGCAAUGGCAGAGCUAGCGAGGAAUCCAAAAGCCAUGAAAAAAGCACAAGAUGAAGUGAGAAACUGUGUUGGAAAUAAAGGAAGAGUUACAGAAGCCGACAUAGAUAAACUCGAAUACCUGAAACUGAUAAUCAAAGAAACUCUUAGACUCCACCCUCCUGCCCCACUUCUACUUCCAAGAGAAACUAUAUCCCACUUUACAGUUAAUGGUUACAGCAUUUAUCCUAAAACGCUGAUGCAAGUCAAUGCCUGGGCAAUUGGAAGAGACCCUAACACUUGGAGAAAACCUGAAGAAUUCUUCCCAGAAAGGUUUUUUGAUAGCUCUUUUGAUUUUAAAGGGCAGAAUUUUGCGUAUUUACCAUUUGGAGCUGGUCGAAGAAGUUGCCCUGGAAUUCAUUUGGGAUUAAUAACAUCGGAGCUAGCACUUGCAAAUCUCCUGUAUUGCUUCGAUUGGAAAUUGCCAAAUGGGAUGAAGGAGGAAGAUUUGAACAUGGAGGAGGCACCUGGUCAGUCUGUUACGGUCUCUAAGAAGACGCCUCUCAACCUAAUGCCAACCAACUAUUUGCAAUUAAAAGUUGGAAAUGAUUAAGUUUUGAUUUGCAAUGUCGACUGGCUAUAUAAAUUGCAGUAAGAAUUUUAUUUCCUAUUUUGGCUGCGUAUCUUCUAGCUUGUAAUAAGACAAAAUUAUGUCAUUUGGUAUUUUCUUAAUAAUAAUUUUUGCAAGGUUACCUGUAA